CACAGAGAGCACGAGCAGCGCGCUCAUGAGGGCUUCACUCACUGAUACGCGCACUUAGCCCGUUUAAGCUAACUUUACAGUCUAGAAACUUCACCGACCAUAUGAAGUUUAUUUCUCCACAGACGCACUUCUCACUACAGGUCUGAUGCCCUGCUGCAGCCAUGUUCAGCAAGAAGAAAAAGCAACGCAUCCAGAUCUCAGCACCUUCGAACUUUGAGCAUCGUGUCCACACUGAUUUUGAUGAACAGGAGCAGAAGUUUGUUGGCCUUCCACGCCAAUGGCAGAGCCUCAUUGAAGACACGGCCAAGAGGCCCAAACCCUUCAUCGAUGCCACAGUCAUCACUACUGUUGAGCCACGCAAGACAAUUGUCCGAGGUCGUAAGAUCGGUGACGAUGGCUCCCUCACCUGGCUCCUGGAUGAGUUUGAAACCAUGUCGGUGAUCCGCUCCAACUCCCUGCGGAGAGGCAGUCCACCUUUACAACCACGCAGUGACUCUGGAUCAUCAGGAGGCCAUGAGAACGGCGAACACCCCCAAUAUAGACACACUGAUCGCUAUGGGGACAGCAAAGAGAGGGAGAAACCACGUCAGGAGCACCCAGGCACUGAUCCUAGACAGUCUCAACGUCCGGGCCGUUCGUCCAGAGAGGAUGGCCGGCCUCAGCAGCAGCCUCGUGGUCAGGAGCCCAGCAGACACAAAGAACCUGACUGGAUUACACCGGGCCAACACCGAGAACGAGAAUGGGACAGAGAACGAGAACCACGUGAUUAUUCUGACCACGUAGUAAGGAGAGAGGGGGCCAACGAUAAGAGGCCCAAAUCCAGCUAUACUGGGAGGGAUAGCAGCCCACAGUCGCCUCGUGAGAAGAGACCACUGUCAGGGCCAAACAUCCGCACUCCUAACCUACCUGUUACAGAGGGAGUGAUAAAGGCAGCACAGCAGACUGGCCGACCUUUCAACACAUACCCACGCUCUGAAAGUGACUCUGGGAGAACCCCCAGCGGUCAGGAUUUAAAGCCAGCUAAAUCUCACGAGUCUACCCACCACAAUGGCCCCUCUGCUGGCCCAGUCCGGGGUGGCAGUAGCAGCAGCAGCAGCGGUGGUGGUCAAACUUCUUCUCAGGGGCCUCACAGAUCAGAGCCUCAGCAUCACGCCUCUCAUCCAGCCUUGGGGCCUGAGCCUCCUCACGGCCAGCCCAUGCCUCCUCCACCAAAACCAUCUGGCCCGGCUGCACCAUCCCAGCCGACACGCUCACCUCAGCGAGAGCCACAGCGGGUCUCACACGAGCAGUUCAGAGCUGCCCUGCAGAUGGUAGUUGAUCCUGGCGACCCGCGUACUUAUCUGGAUCACUACAUUAAGAUCGGAGAAGGCUCCACGGGCAUUGUGUGCAUAGCUACUGUGAAGACCACAGGCAAACUGGUGGCGGUGAAGAAGAUGGACCUGCGAAAACAGCAGCGACGAGAACUGCUGUUCAAUGAGGUGGUGAUCAUGCGGGACUAUCACCAUGAGAACGUGGUGGAGAUGUACAACAGUUACUUGGUGGGGGAUGAACUCUGGGUUGUCAUGGAGUUUCUGGAGGGCGGCGCUUUGACUGAUAUAGUCACACAUACAAGGAUGAACGAGGAGCAGAUCUCCACCGUGUGUCUGUCAGUGCUAAAAGCUCUCUCAGUCCUUCACUCUCAGGGAGUCAUUCAUAGAGACAUCAAGAGUGACUCCAUUCUUCUCACCCAUGAUGGCCGUGUGAAGCUGUCAGACUUUGGUUUUUGCGCCCAGGUCUCUAAAGAGGUGCAGCGCAGAAAGUCUCUGGUAGGAACGCCCUACUGGAUGGCCCCUGAGCUCAUCUCAAGACUCCCAUAUGGACCAGAGGUGGACAUUUGGUCAUUUGGCAUUAUGGUCAUCGAAAUGGUGGAUGGAGAGCCGCCGUACUUCAACGAGCCACCGCUCAAGGCUAUGAAGAUGAUCCGAGACAAUUUGCCACCCAAGCUCAAAAAUCUCCACAAGGUAUCGCCUCUUCUCAAGGGAUUCUUGGACAGGAUGCUGGUGCGAGAUCCUGCCCAGAGAGCCACAGCUCAAGAGCUGCUAAAACAUCCCUUCCUGACUAAAGCAGGCCCUCCCUCCUGCAUUGUUCCUCUCAUGAGACAAAACCGCAUGAGAUGAGAAGAGAAGUCAGGGUGGAUCUGACAGGCCCUCCGCUGAGCUCAAAGACCCAGGCAAAAACAUGGAGUCUGUACUGCACACUUUAAAUGAUUGUACAGGUCAAGAAUUUAAGGAGAACAGGCCAUUGAUGCUACAAUUUUUUUUCCCUAAACAAACAUUUAUACCACUGUUUUUAUUACAUUAGAGGAUACAGCACAUGACAUAGACAUGAUUAGGUCCUUCACAGUGUUCUGCUGGAAGAGGUUUUCCUCUCUGGCAAAUUUAAGGAACACACAAACCAUGUGUUCUCGGUGGUUUUGCCAAGUCUGCUUUGGGGUAAACCGAAUUAAGAAGGUUGAGACGUUAUGAAAAUGAACCACUUGGAGAUCCUAAUCUGCCCUUAGUGUAAAGCAACCUUUUGAUGGAUUUGUUCCAAACCUCGAGCUUUCUUUUCCCUGCACUUGACCUUUUGCACCGUGACCACACUACUCAAUAAUCAGUUAUUAAUAGGAAAGCAACUACUGAAGAAAACCUUUACGUUUUAUUAAAAAGAAUGCAAAUCUCUAGGCUUCUGUUACGACACUAAGCAAAGAUAAACACUGGAGGCAUUUCGUUUUUUAAUUUUGUUUUAAUGAAAGUUGAGCUCUAUAUUGGUUUGUGUUUCGAGUGACAGUGAUGCUCUUAAACACUGUUCUGAGCUGCACUCCAAUAUCAAACUUCCUCCUUUGACUCAUUGUUCCACUUUUUUAAUAUAAUUAAGGGGGGAAGGGUUGGAUGUAGGUUUUUUUUUUUUCUCUCUCUCUCUUCCAGAACAUUCACAACGGCACCACGCCAUAUUAGUUAAGUAGAUGGAGUUGUUGUUUUCAAUGUAGGGCAGUCAUUUCACGGACGCCCAAAUCCUCCAGCUAAGUAGCUUACAUCUUUGAGGUAUCGUGGCCUUUCUCUGAAGGAUUCAUUUUGUCGGAGAGACUAUACGAAUGUAUAGUGUGCGUGAAGGAUGCUCUACUUUGAGAGCUUGUUCAAAGGAAGUGGACACUAUAGUGAAUAAUUCCACACUAAAGCAUUUGUACUGAGAUAAUUGGUCAUUUACACUAUGGGUAGUGGAACAACCAAAGACUUGCUGACGAUUUAUAAUAGCAGUUGCUCCAAACAUAUUCCAAGUACACUACGUCUCAUUGUGUUAAAGAGAUAGGUCACCCAAAAAAUUAAUCUUUCCUCAUCAUUUACUCAGAUUCAAAUGGUUCUAAACUUGGUGGUUUCUUUCUUCUGUUGAACACAAAACAAGACGUUUUGAUGAAUGUCGGAAAAAAGCAGCCAUUGACAUAGUAGAAACCAAAAAUAGUAAGGAAGUCAAUAGCUGCUGCUUUCCAACGUUUUGUCUUCGACAAAAGAAACUCAAACAAGUUCAGAACUGAGUAAAUUUCCAAAACUUUACUAAACCGUAUGAUACAGAUUGGCCGAUACAUAAUGCACUCACAGAUGCCAAUCAUCAACAACAAAAACACUUGGUUUUGUCAGAUCAAUGUGUAACCUCUGAUUGACUUCAAAUGGAGUUUGCCAAGUUGUGAAAAUAUCUUGUAAUCUGGUGAUUGGCUGUUUUGAUUGAAGUCUGUCAAUGCAUCAGCCUUUUAACUUGUUUUUGGACCCAAUUGACUUACAGUAUGGCCAAAAUAGUUAGUUAUUUUGUUCACUACAAGAAAGUCAGUCAUACAAGUUUUCAUAUUUGGGUGAACUGUCCCUUCAAGAGUCUCUCUUUAUUUUGCUCAGCCACAAUAAUCCAGGAUCAAAGUGGAUCGAGAACGCUGACAAAAUUGAUAGGAAUGCAGAAGGCAGAUGAAAUAUUCCUAUUCGAUGGAGUGACUCCACACAAAUACUAAACAAAUCAUUGAAAGUCAAACGAAUGCAUGUUUGGUCACAUUUGCAUUCAGUAAUUUGAAGAUGAAUUGUAGCGAUUUAAUCCUAGACUAAAGUGGUAGCUUAUGUAUAUAUGAGUUUGUUGUUUUCUUUUGCUGAGGGCCUAAACUGUAACACUGCAACCAUAACUCUAAUUGUAGAUGUGAAGAAGAUUAAUGACAGUUAUUGACAGACAUAAUUAAUAUAAAAAAAUACUACUAGGGUUGGUUUGUUUGUUUGUGUUUUUUUUUUUUUUUCCCACCAGUAAAAAUUUUAUGGCAUGUCUUUACAUACUGGACUGCGCUACUUCUUCAGGACGCAAACAGAAUGACAAUCAAGCAUCGGAGUGGAAGUAUGCGCACUAAAUGCCUAUUCAGACAUGAAUAAGCAAUGAAACUGAGAGAAUUUUGUAGCCUCACGUUUAUCUGUGAAAUAUUGCUAGGAUUGUAGAUUAACAUCUUCAGUGCACUGAAGCAAAAUGAGGUCAACAUUCCUAUAAAAACAGGAAAAAAAAGCCUUAUAAGGAAAGUUGACCCACAAAUGUAAAUGUGCUGUUAAUUUACUCACCCUCAGGCCAUCUGAGAUUUCUUUAGUAGAACAUUAAAGGUUUUAGCUGAAGCUGUGUUCCUUGGUGAUUCAUAAAUUGGACGACUACCAACACUGAGUCAAGAAAAAAAAAGACAAAACAAACACCUGUGUCUGCUGAUGGUACAUUGAGUCCUUAUGAAGCAAAACAAUUAGCUUUGCGCACAGACUGAUAAUUUCGCUUCAUAAGACAUCAAUGUCUCGUCUGUAGCCAUGGGUAUCUGUUUUGUUUUGCCUGCAUAGUUUUUGACUCCGGAAAUGCUGGUAGCUGUUGACUUGCAUUUUAUCAACGAUGACCACAGUUUCUGCUGAAAACAAAUAUGUGCGCUACUGAAAAAUGAAAGUUGACUACAUCUUUGAGUUAAUUAAUAACUAAAUUUUAAUUUCUGGCUGAACUACCCUUAUAAUGCGUAAAUAUAUGAACAUUAUGAGCAAUAGACGUUUCACAGUACUUUUUUUAUUAGGUUUAUUGACUGUUUGAAAAGCAGAUACCUCCUAUGACCACAAGCCUUAUUUGAUUGGGUGUGUGAAUGGAUGAUGCUUUACUGCAAGCAGAAUGCAUGAGUUUGUGACUCAGUGAAUGUGUUUUGAAUGGCUUCUAGAAAGGACUUCUCUAUUUUCUGACUUACAUUCCCAUGGUCGGUGAAAGCACAUUCUCGUGUGUGUGUGUGUGUGUGGUCAGGUAAUGAUCUGCUUUUUGUGUGUUACGUUUCCUGUUUCAUGUUGUCAUUUGGUGCUCAAAAGCAGUGCUGCGAAUGCUCUGGAAGGGUACAUUGUAUUACGAUACGGUUUCAUCCGUUUUCUGUCACUGCAUUAAAACUAAUGAAUGGCCCAUAUUCUGCUGUUGACUCAUUUUAAUAGGUUUCUAAUUAACUUGCACUGCGUUUUUGAAAUCUCUUUUACCGUAAUUUCCUUUUUUUCGUCAUGUAGAUAGUUUCAAAGAAACAUUGGUGGAGUCGAAGCGUGAACUUUAUGUACUCAUUGCAGGCAUCCUGACAUCAUAAUGAUGUUGCCCCAUCUUUCACAGACUCCUUUUGGACUGCGUUCAGAUCAACUUUUAUUUGAAAACUGCUACUGUGUUAUGACAUGUAAAAUGGUUCAUACUGCUUCUGCUGUUCUCUCUUUUUGUUUCUAAGUAUGGUUUGUUUUGCUGAAUAACCAACGUCAGAGUUCCCUCUAUAAUAUGUGAAUUUUUACUGGUGGUAAAAUGGACUUUAUUAUUAUUUUUCAAAUAUAGUUUGAAACAU